ACAGUGCGCAGCUCGGGACCCUGCCUCUGCCUGCCCCGCUUCAUGCGCCUCACCUUCGCUCCUGAGUCCCUGGAGAACCUCUACCAGACCUAUUUCCGUCGCCAACGCCAUGAGACCCUCCUGGUGCUGGUGGUCUUCGCCGCCCUCUUUGAUUGCUACGUCCUCAUCAUGUGCGCCGUGGUCUAUGCCCCUGACAAGCUGGCCCCCGUGCUGGCAGCGGGGGCGGUGGGCGGGCAGUCUUUCUUCGUCUUCUCCUUCUUCAUCACUCUGCCGCUGCGCUUGGCACCCAUCGUGCUCAUCACCGCCAUCUCCUGCGGCAUCCACACGCUGGUGCUCGGUGUCACUGUCGCCCAGCAGCGCCAGGAUGCCCUGGACGAAGGCACACUGCUCAGACAGAUCCUGUCUAAUGUUGCCAUCUACCUUUGUGCCAUCACGGUGGGCACCAUGUCCUACUACAUGGCUGACCGCAAGCACCGCAAAGCCUUUCUCGAAGCGCGCCAGUCUCUCGAGGUCAAGCUCAACCUGGAGGAGCAGAGCCAGCAGCAGGAGCGGCUGAUGCUCUCCAUCUUGCCCAAGCAUGUGGCUGAUGAGAUGCUGAAGGACAUGAAGAAGGACCCGAGCCAGAAGGAGAUGCAGCAGUUCAACACCAUGUACAUGUACCGUCACGAGAACGUCAGCAUCCUCUUCGCAGACAUUGUGGGCUUCACCCAGCUCUCCUCCUACUGCAGCGCCCAGGAGCUGGUGAAGCUCCUCAACGAGCUCUUCGCCCGCUUCGACAAGCUGGCAGCCAAAUACCACCAGCUGCGCAUCAAGAUUCUGGGCGACUGCUACUACUGCAUCUGCGGGCUGCCUGAGUACCGGGAGGACCAUGCUGUCUGCUCCAUCAUGAUGGGGCUGGCCAUGGUGGAGGCCAUUUCCUACGUGCGGGAGAAGACCAAGACAGCGGUGGACAUGCGGGUGGGGGUGCACAGCGGGACAGUGCUGGGGGGGGUGCUGGGCCAGAAGCGCUGGCAGUACGACGUGUGGUCCACCGAUGUCACCGUGGCCAACAAGAUGGAG